UUUUAGGUGCUGAUAACCUACUAAAACACAAUCAUCACCACCAUCAUCAUCUUCUCUCUCUCUACCCUUCUCUUUAAUGGAGGGAGAAAAGCAACAACAACAAUAUUACUCGCUUACAAUCCCUCUGUUAUUCAGUGACGAAAAGGAAACGAAGGCGGAGGAGCAGCCAAUCGCCGCCUUAACCAACACCGCCACCACCGCCACCACAACCACUACCGGUACUUCCUCCUUCUUCAACACAUGUUUCAAUGGUCUCAAUGCUCUAUCAGGAGUUGGGAUCCUCUCAGUUCCAUAUGCAUUGGCAUCAGGAGGGUGGUUAAGCUUGCUACUUCUCUUCACAAUAGCCAUCUCAACUUUCUACACAGGAUUAUUAAUAAAAAAAUGUAUGGAUGCCGAUCCUACAAUUCGAAGUUAUCCCGAUAUCGGAGACCGAGCGUUUGGUAAAAAGGGCAGGAUCAUCGUAUCCGUCGUCAUGAACGUAGAACUCUAUUUAGUCGCUACAGGUUUCUUGAUCCUCGAAGGUGAUAAUCUAAGUAACUUAUUGCCGGAAAUGGACUUCGAUCUUUACGGGAUUCAUGUAGGUGGUAAGAAAAGUUUUGUUGUUAUCGUUGCCGCGAUCAUACUCCCCACGAUUUGGUUGAACAAUUUGAGCAUUCUUUCGUAUAUAUCGGCAAGUGGUGUCUUAGCAUCUGUGAUCAUCGUGGGGUCGAUCUUGUGGGUUGGUGCGUUCGAUGGUGUCGGGUUUCAGGAAAAGGGUAAACUCGUAAAUUGGAGUGGAAUCCCUUCGGCUAUCAGUUUGUAUGCUUUCUGCUAUUGCGCUCAUCCGGUUUUCCCUACUUUAUAUACUUCCAUGAGAAAUCAACAUCAAUUCUCAAAGGUGUUGCUACUUUGUUUUGUCUUUUGCACAAUUACGUACUCAUCAAUGGCAGUCGUUGGCUACCUUAUGUUUGGUUCAAACGUAGAGUCACAAAUUACGUUAAACCUUCCUACUGACAAGAUAAGUUCGAGAGUGGCCAUAUGUACAACCCUGGUGAACCCGAUAGCUAAAUAUGCUCUGAUGGUGACACCAAUUGUCGACACUAUUGAAGCACGGUUUUUGACUUUUUACAAUACGAGAAAGUUUAGCAUCUUGAUUAGAACAGUAUUGGUAAUAAGCACGGUACUUGUCGCACUGGCGCUCCCUUUCUUUGGGUAUUUGAUGUCACUUGUGGGAGCGUUUUUAAGUGUCACGGCAUCGAUAACGCUACCGUGCUUGUGCUACCUGAAGAUUUCAGGCGCCUAUCGGAGACUUGGAUUUGAAUCGGUGUUUAUCGGAUUCAUCGUGUUCGUUGGGAUAUUGGUUGCAGUUAUUGGUACUUACACGUCAUUGGUAGAUAUAAGUAGGCAACUCUAAGCGGUGGAAUACGAACGGAGAACUUCACAACGACGUUAUUUGAGUACACGAUAACUUAUAUUUAGAACUGAUUUCCGGUUUGUAGGUACGAGCAGUGUUCUAAAAGACUCGUUGCGGUAGCCAUCAUGGUGUGACAUGAUCCGAGGGUCGCGUCUGAUGCCACGUUAAGCUUGUGGCACACCAUGAUCUAAUGCACGGUUUUUGUUAUAUGAUAUUUGAUUUUUGUUACUUCCUUAGUGUAUUACUUUACGGUAUUUAUAACCUAAUUUAAAUUGUUUAACAUCACUUUGGUGUGUUACUUUAUAGUUUUUAGUAUAUACUAGAACAGGA